AGUGGCACAGGGAGAGGGUACGAUUUACCCACGAUCUGGCUGCACUGAUGCGCAUGCGCACGAAGGCUCUCACGUUGGAAGCACAUGUUAACGUGCAAUUGUACCCACGUUUGUUUAAUGUGUUUUCAAUUACAUUUUAACUUUUGUUUAAUAAUAUUAUUAUAAAUUGUUUUUAAAUCAUGACGAAAAAGAGAAAACAGUUGGAAAAUGAGGAAACGACAGAAACGAAUUUACCACCAGUAAAAAGAAUGUCGGAUGAACCUCCGCCCAAAAAGGUUAAAUGGAUAAACAGGCAACGUGUAUUAGUAUUUUCAACCAGAGGUAUUGGUUAUUUACACCGUCACCUCAUGGAAGAUAUAAAGAAUCUUAUGCCGCAUCAUAGAGCUGAGAGUAAAAUGGAACGUUCAAAAGAUUUGCAAGUGGUCAAUGAGAUAUGUCGAAUGAAAAAUUGCAAUAAAUGUAUACUUUUUGAAGGCCGAAAGAAAAGGGACCUUUAUGUUUGGUUUUCUAAUAUAUCUGUGGGUCCGUGUGUUAAAUUUUUAGUGGAAAAUAUUUAUACCAUGGGCGAAUUAAAAAUGACUGGAAAUUGUUUAAAAGGAUCUCGUCCUUUACUUUCAUUUGAUGAAAAUUUUAACACUAAACCACAUUACAGUCUCUUAAAAGAAUUGUUUACCCAAAUAUUUGGCGUUCCAAAUCAUCAUCCAAAAAGUCAACCAUUCUUCGAUCAUGUUUAUACUUUUACAGUGUUAGAUAACCGAAUAUGGUUUAGAAAUUUCCAAAUUCUCACAGAAGAUGGAGGAUUAGCUGAAAUUGGUCCUAGAUUUGUUUUAAAUCCAGUUAAAAUAUUUUCUAGUAGUUUUGGUGGGGAUACAUUAUGGGAUAAUCCUCUUUAUGUUUCACCUGCUAAGUUUCGACAAUUAAUUAGUAAACGAGCUGGUAAUAAAUAUGUGGACAGAUUGGAACAAAAGAUGGUAGAGAAAGCUAAUAAACCAAAAGAAAGUUAUGAUUUAAAUCCUCUGGAUGAAAUAUUUAAGGGCGAUCCUCUUGAAAAGGCUUUAGAGUUAGAAAAUAAGGAUAAAGUAAAUGAAGAAAAGAAAGAAGAAAAGAAAAAAGAAAUUCCAAGAAGGAAUAGAAUAAAAAAAGAAAUUAAAAAACUUCCGAAUAAACAAUUAAAAAAGAAAAAAAUGAUAAAG